UGAAAAUUACGUAGUUUCGUUUUGCGCUUUCUCUAUCAGUGAAAUUUUCCUUUCAUCUGUUACAGAUACAAACUGCUGCUAUUUGUUAACCAACCUCUUUCGUGUUCUUCCCCUUUACAUUAUUAAUUAAACUUUCGUGUAUGGUGACCGAACUAUGUACAUAAAAUUUUCUUCACUCUGUCUUGAUCAUACAAGUCAAGCAAAAGAGUAAUCAAACACCAACGUCAUCAUAUUCAUAUUAAUUAGUUCAAGCCCUUCAUGCACCAGAAUCUGUUGCUGCACGAUUAUUGUUGUCAUGGCAUUAGCACUGAUGUUGAAGGUAAAUAAUGUGUUCAUUUUUGUUGCUUUGCUUUUCAUUGCAAUGUUUUGCUGCUACUCAGAUGGGGAGCUGCAGGAGCAAAGCAUAGCAAAGGUCUUGUCGUGCUUCGAAAAUAACCGUAUUUAUUCUCAGUGUAAUGAAGCAUAUAGAUUAAACCCAUCUGGGAAUAUUAACAUACCACUGCAGGCCACUGAUUCUUUCUGCAGUGGACCAUGCCUUUCCGAAACACGGUUAGUACUUAAUUGCAUCAAUGACAUGCUAUCUAAUUUUGUAUUCUACAACAAAGCCACCGCAAAACAGAUGAGAAAUGCCCUGGAUGCUGGCUGCAGCUUUUCUAGAGAAAGAGGUCAACACUAGUUAUUUUCAGCAGCUUGAACUUAUUUUCUUCUUUUUUUCAUCAUUUUAUCUCAUUAUU